AGAAAAUGAAAACUUAUAAAGAACACAAAUGAUGGAGUACAUAAAAAUUAGUUAUAGAGAUGUGGGUUCUCCACAUGGUAGGAUUCCACAACCCUAAAAAUCCCCAUGGCUUUCUCCCUCCCUUCCUCAAUUUCUCCUUCUUCAAUACCAUACUCCCCCACAGCAUUAUAAUGGCUAGUCACCACACAAGCACAUCCUUCUCCAUCGCCCUCAAACUUGACCUCAUAAGAAAUGGAUUCGAUUUUUUCACAUAGAGGUUCGCCCUCGAUCAUCGUGUACUUGCACAAGAGGUUCGCUUCAUCGAGCUCGUCGAUCCGAUUCCUCACACAUUUCAUGUUAGCAC